AUGGUGUGGAAGAGCUGGGGCGCUGCGCCGCCGCCGCCACCGCUGCUGCGCAUUGCUCUGCUGCUUCUCGCUUCUGCGGCGCCGCUCCUCUCCGGCGCCGGCGACGUCGCCCUCAGCUUCUCAGCCACCCCGCGCCGCGUCUCCACGUCCACGUCUGCCGCCUUCGCCUUCCGGGUCCUGCGCGCCGCCGGAGGGCCUUGCGCCGACUGCCUCGUCACCUGCCAGUUGGACGGCGAGCCGGCGUCGCCCUGCGGCGGAUCCGGCGGGAACAACGGGACGACGGCGGCGGCGAACUACACGGGGCUCAAGGACGGCAACCACACCUUCACGGCGUGCGCGAGGACGGCGUCACCUUCGAAUUCAUCGUCCAGCGCCACCUACGCUUGGGAUGUUGACACUGUCCCACCAACGGCGUCCGUGUCGGCGGGGCCGGCGUUCACGAGCGCCUCCAGCGUGUCGGCGCUCGUCUCCUUCACCGAGCCCUGCCCCGGCGGUGGUGGAUUCGUCUGCAACGCCACCUACUGCAAUCUCAUCGUGUACGGCCCCGGCAGUGUGGACCCGUCGACGCUCCAGGUGCUCAGCCCCGUCCUGCGCUACUCCGUCGCCGUCGCCAUCUCGCCGGACGCGCAGUACGGCCGCCUCGUCCUCGUCAUGGGCAGGGGCUUCUGCACGGACGCCGCCGGCCACCCGUUCACCAGGACGCCCAACUCCACUUUCACCCUGCGCUUCGAUCGAAGGAGUGACUCCAUGAACAUCACCGCCACUGUUCCUGAGAAGAUGCUCCAGAUACAGGGCGUCACCAGGCUGGUUCAGGCCACCAACGACGAAGAGGGCCUCAGCUUCCAUGAAGCCAGUAAGAGCAUAUACACGCUGCAGAUACAGGCGGUCGACAAGCUGGUGUCGGUUCAGGUCGCAGAGAACGCAGCCCAGGACGUGGCUGGGAACCCCAACCUACCAUCAGACUUUCUUCAAGUCAGGCACUAUUCUGUGCCUGCGUCAUCGUCUUGGAUCGCGGCAAUCACCACUGUCAUAUUUCUGACAACUGCUGCCGUUGCCACACUCCUCACCGUUUCGACAUCGUCUCUCGUCGCUUCCGGAGCUAUCUCGAGGCCCUCUUCCUACAUGAUCUCAGAGCCAUCAAGGAAUGUCUUGAGGAUGGCAUGCCACAUCCAAAUCUUUGCUCUGUCAAGAUGGCUGUCAGUCAACCUGCCAAUCGAGUACUACGAGUUUGCAAAGGGGAUAGAAUGGAGCAUCCCCUACAUGCGUCUGCCAUGGGAAGGCCCGGCCGCAGACCCAUUCCUGGGAUACUCCACAAUGCCUGCAAUUGCAUACUCGGAGCUGCUCGACAGGAGCGCCGUCGGCAUUGUAAACAUCUCCUAUCCUCGAGCACAAGGUCAACCGAUGACGCCGACGCAGAUCAUCCCAUCAGACCCGGUAUUCCCAACGGAGAUCCCUGAAGAUGGGAAACCCACACCGCCGAUGGAAACUCCCAGAGACGCCACGCCGGUGAUGCCAGUGCAGACCCCGUUGCCGUUGGACGGGAUGCCCCUGACUUCAAUGGAGUACCGUUCUUUCUUCGAGAACCCGGACAUGAAGCCUGAGGCACAGAUCAUCAUGAAGCUACAAGAUUUGGAUGGGUGGAAGUACUUCGGCAGGAACAUGUUCUGGCUGGGCGUCAUCGGCGGCGGCCUCAUCCUCCUGCAUCUCCUCACUCUCCUCUACUUCAAGCUGAGGUUCAGAGACAGGGAGCAGUGGCGGCGGCAUGGCUACGGCGCGCUCGUUCUCCCCAGGCUGGAGAUCAUGGUCGUCGUUCUGGCAAUGCCGUGUGUCGCUCAGGCACCGGCAGCGCUCAUCAGGGGCGGGACCACGUGCGGCCUGGUGGUAGGGAUCGUGCUCACCGCCGUCCUGACUUCGUUCCUGGUGGGCCUGCUGUUGUUCCUGUCGCUGGGCAUCACCAUGGGCAGACUGCUGCAGUACAAGGAGGUGCACCAGGAGGGGCAGGAGUACGACCACUGGUACCAGGAGCUGGUCCGCCGCACGCUGGGCCCCGGCAAGCGCGGGCAGUGGACAUGGAAGGACCCGCGCCGCGCCGCCUGCCUGCUCAAGAUCGGCCCUCUCUUCGAGGACCUGCGCGGCCCGCCCAAGCACAUGCUGACGCAGAUCGCCACGCGCGGCGGCGGAGGCGGCAAGCGCCGCGCUGCAGGCGGUGGACCAGAGCGGAUGAUCGCGUCGGAGGACGAGAACGAGGACUCGGAGGCGCCCUUCAUCCAGAAGCUCUUCGGCGUGCUCCGGGUCUACUUCACGCUGCUGGAGUCGGUGAAGCGCGUGACGGUGGGCAUCGUGGCCGGCGCGCACGCGUCAUCGGGGCGGUCGUCCCGCGCGCACGCUGUGGCGGUGCUGUCCGUCGCCUCGUUCCAGCUCUUCUUCAUGCUGCUCAAGAAGCCCUUCAUUAAGAAGCGGGUGCAGCUGGUGGAGAUCCUGUCGGUGACCAGCGAGGUGACCGUGUUCGCGGCGUGCCUAGCGCUGAUCGACAGGACGUCGGCGGCGAGCGGUGGCGGCGGGUGGCUGCCCGACGGCGAGGCCCGCGGCGUGGGGCUGGCAAUGCUGGGCGCCUUCGUGCUGGGGUUCGCGGCGCAGGUGUGCAACGAGUGGAACGCGCUGUACCGGCAGGCGCGCCUGCUGAGCGCCGACCGGAGCUCGUUCCUGGACGGCGCCAAGACGGCGUGCCUGGGCCUGCUGCUGCUGGUGCUGCCGUCGUCGGUCCUCGGCGAGCGGGUGGCGGUGAAGCACCAGCAGGGCCCGCCACCUCCGGCCGGCGGUGGAGCCGGGGAGAGCGUGUCGGCGUCGACAGCGGCCGACGGGGGCAGGGGCGGGAGCGGGAGCGAGGGUUCCCGGGGCUCGAGGGGCUCCAACAACGAGCGGUGGUGGCUUCGGCAGCUGCGGGAGAUGGCGAAGGCCAGCUUCAGCAAGGAGGGCAAUGCGGUCCCGGCCGGCGGCGGCGGGGAGGAGGCGUCGACCAGCGGCAGCAAGGCGAGGAGUGGGGAGUGGAAGUCGAAGUCCAAGAGCCUCUACAACGAUCUCGAGGCCAUCUUCUCCAAUACCAGCAGGUGA